AUGUCAGCUUCGACGUCCCUCGAUUCGCGCUUGUCCUCUUCUCUUGUUCCUCCGGUAUUGCUCGUUGUUUCUGAUCUGCAGCUCAUCGAUGAUGGAGUAUCUGUUGUGUCCACCUGUCUGUUGCACAGGCUUUUUGAGUAUUCUGGAGUAUCACGGGUGCGGUUUACUGCUGCUCAGCAGUUUCCUGUUGGAGUCUUGCUCUUAGUAUCCGCCCCCACCGUUCAUCAUGUUAUUGAUCAUUUCCCAAGGCUCACGCAUGAUAAUUUUAUCGAGAUGUGUCGCUUUCAUUCCAUUUGGGUUGCCACGUUGGAUUCUCGUGGUUAUAUCCGGGAUUGCCUUCGUGUCCAUUUCUGUUCCCAACAAUGCGGUGAUCAGUUUUCCUCUUGGGCUAUUGUUACCGAGGAUGUUAGAACUCGCACUCGCGAUGAGGAUGCGUCACAGCAUCGUCGUUCAUAUAAUUUUAAGAUUGGUGUUGUUGAAGAUAUUGACCCCGCGUUUCCGUCUGUUCGCACUGAGCAGGAGAAAUGUGCCAUAAUCUUGGACUGGCAAUCUACCAUGUCUGCCAAGGCUCAGAAAAGGGGUGCUUGUGCCAUCUGUGGUUAUAAUGUUCUUGCGUCCGAGUUGUCUCUCGUGGAGCCUGCAAAAAUUAAUUUUUCGCUCUUACAGAACGAAUGUCUCCCAGAACAUACUCUGCCUCAGUCGUAUGAUUUUGAGUUAUACGGCUGA